UGCGCCGUGGAAGCCCAGAGACGGCGGCCUUGACAGCUUGCGCCUUGUGUGCCGUAGAAGCGCGGGGAGGGGGGGGAAGCGCGGAACGACGCUGGCGCAGGCGCGGUAGCGGGCAGGCGCGGGGGGCUCGGGUGGAGAGAGCCGCCGCCGUCGCCGCCCGGGCUGUGUGAGAGGAUUUCCCCGGUUCUUGCGCCUCCGCCGCGGCCGUCACCAUCCCCGCCGCCCGGGCCUGCUCAGCCGCCGCUGCCGUUGGAGUCCCGGCCCCUCCCGCGGGGAGGCAGGAAGGUCCCGGGAGCCGACGGGACAGCCGUAUCAUGUCCGGGCGCGCCCAGAGCACCAAACUGUCCACGACGGAGCGCAUCGUGAAAGCUGUUCCUUUCCCCCCUACUCAGCGGCUAACUCUGAAAGAAGUUUUUGAGGAUGGGAAGCCCCGGUUGGAGAUCUUAAGAAACCAUUUGGUGAAAGAAGGACGCCUGGAAGAGGAUGUAGCACUGAAGAUAAUCAAUGAUGGAGCUGCCAUCCUGAGACAUGAGAAGACCAUGAUUGAAGUUGAAGCUCCAAUCACAGUGUGUGGUGAUAUUCAUGGGCAGUUCUUUGACCUGAUGAAAUUAUUUGAAGUUGGUGGAUCACCCAAUAACACGCGCUACCUCUUCCUGGGAGACUACGUGGACAGAGGCUACUUCAGUAUAGAGUGUGUGCUGUAUUUAUGGAGUUUAAAGCUAAACUAUCCCAAAACACUUUUCCUGCUCCGAGGGAACCAUGAGUGCAGGCAUCUCACAGAAUAUUUCACCUUCAAACAGGAGUGUCGAAUCAAGUACUCAGAGCGGGUAUAUGAUGCAUGCAUGGAUACAUUUGACUGUCUUCCUCUUGCUGCCCUCUUGAAUCAGCAAUUCCUGUGUGUACAUGGAGGGCUGUCUCCUGAAAUCACGUGUCUAGAUGACAUUAGGAAAUUAGACAGGUUUAAGGAGCCCCCCGCCUUUGGUCCAAUGUGUGACCUUCUGUGGUCUGAUCCAUCAGAGGAUUAUGGCAAUGAGAAGACACUGGAACACUUUACUCACAACACUGUUCGAGGUUGCUCCUAUUUCUACAGUUACCCUGCAAUUUGUGAAUUUUUGCAAAACAAUAAUUUGUUAUCUGUGAUCCGAGCACACGAAGCCCAGGAUGCUGGGUACCGAAUGUACAGAAAGAGCCAAACUACAGGUUUUCCAUCCCUCAUCACAAUCUUUUCUGCACCAAAUUAUCUAGAUGUCUAUAAUAACAAGGCUGCUGUUUUAAAAUAUGAAAAUAAUGUCAUGAAUAUCAGACAGUUCAACUGCUCUCCGCACCCCUACUGGCUUCCAAAUUUCAUGGAUGUUUUCACAUGGUCUCUGCCUUUUGUAGGAGAAAAAGUUACAGAGAUGCUGGUUAACAUCCUCAACAUUUGCUCGGAUGAUGAGCUGAUUUCAGACGGAGAUGAAACAUUGGACGAUAACUACAUUUCAAGCUAUCCGAAAGGAGGCACAAAUGCCCGUAAAGAGAUCAUCAGGAAUAAGAUCAGGGCCAUUGGGAAGAUGGCACGAGUUUUUUCAGUUCUUCGAGAGGAGAGUGAGAGUGUGCUGACGCUCAAAGGCCUGACUCCCACAGGUACUCUGCCCCUGGGGGUCCUCUCAGGGGGGAAGCAGACUCUACAGACAGCCACAGUAGAAGCUGUAGAGGCACGGGAAGCCAUCCGUGGAUUUUCGCCACAACACAAGAUCCGCAGCUUUGAAGAAGCCCGAGGUCUGGACCGCGUCAAUGAGCGUAUGCCGCCACGCAAGGAUUCAAAGCAUCCUGAUGGUCCGGUGAACUUAAGCUCAACAAACUCUGCGGAAAAGAAUGUGACAGGGAAGAAAGCCCAGUAACAGCUCCAUAUCACUAAAGGAUCCAAAACUUAAUGAAUUCUAUUUAUUUAUUAUGAAGGGGUGAGGGUGGGGGUGGGAGAAACCAACUUAGCCUGGAGGCACAUCCAUAAUCCAGUUUGCAUCCAUUCUGUAAGAGAGGUGACCAUUUUGUAAGUUUUUUAAAUUUUAUGUUCAAUAUAUAAAGUCAUCUUUUUUUUUAAUUUAGAAUGGGUCUAAAAACUAGUGCAUAUAUAAAGUGUUCUGUACAGAUAGCUAUCCCUGCCAAGAGGGAAAGAACCUGUGUUGGUGGGUGGGGUGGGGCGGGAAGGGAAGGGAAGCCAAAACAGCCUAGCUCAACUCUGGUAUCUGAUUUAUUGGAACCAUUUUAAGUUAACAUUUUAAAAGGGGGCAUCUUUGGUUUGAACACAUUUUCCUUCCAACAUUUGCUGUUUUUUUUGUUUUUUGUUUUUUGUUUUUGUUUUUAUUCUCCUGUUUCUCACCACACCUGAUGGUCCAGCACUUGACUUCCAUUAAAGGCAUGUCGCUUAGGGCAAUUGGUAAACUUUUUCCUUUGUGGAACCCUGUGUCAGAGGUAAAUGUUGAAAUACAGAGAAGCAGCACAGGAUAAAUUGCUGGAUAACUGUGAUGGGAAUCUCCCUUUUCUUCCCCCACUCCCUCAAAUGUAUCCAUCAUUUUGAAAUCCCAGUUUCAAUAGAGAAUAUCUCUUGGAAUAAACCACUAGGUUUAACCACUGCGCUUCAGGGACCUCCAUUCAUCGAAAAGCAUCACUCUUGUGAGCUAAUCCUGGUGGCUGCUAACACUUUCCAUGAGUUUAACCCUAUUUGACUUGCAUCAACAUCACACACGUGGGAUUUAUAUUGUUUCUCUGAAGCACAAGCAGCCUCAGGAGAUGGUCUGGCAGUCAUGAUCUCAAUGUGAAUUAAUGUUUGGGCUACUUUGCCCUUCUUACCACAUCCAACACAUCCUACAAACUGCCCUAAAGUGGCUCCAUAAUAAGAGCCCCAGCACAAAAUAUAUCUGCCUUGUCUACAUGAGGGCCACCUGCUUUCAUGGUUCAACAUGUUAGAAUAAGUACUGUAGGAAAUGUAAGAUCUAGGGAGAAUAUGUAAUUUGUGUAGAGUUCUGAAUAUACAACUGAGCGGUUCUCCUUUUGUCCAGAUGUACCCACAAUAUGCAUAUUCAUUGUAGGCAGUGGGACACUCAUGCAGCCUUUGCAGGGAUUCUGGUUGAGGGGUCUUCUUUGGGUGAAAGGCCAGAAAAGAGCCCCAUUCUUUUCUCCUGUAUAUAAGUGACAUAAUCUCUUGGCUUGAAUCUAAAAGGCUUCUCAGUAACUUCAAGGGUGAAGGUAUGAUUCUUCAGUCCCUAUAACUAGAAAAAUGAUCAUUGAUGUGAAGUCAGAAUUUUGUACAAGUGUAAGCUGAAUAUUAAAUAUCAAUCAGCAUUAACUCCCAAAAUUACCACCUACCAUUUUCUGUUCAGUAGUGCAUCUCUUCCAGAUUGGACCUUGAAAGGCCUCUGGAAGCAGCACUGCUUCCUUUUUGGACCCCUAAUGAGGGCUGCCUCAUACCAUUUAUGGAAAAGAUGUUUAUAGGCAAGUCCUUCUAUAUCUGGGUAGAGAUGUGCCCUAGAAUGCUUUUAAGGCUUGGAUCUCUGAUGCACAUCUGUGUUUAGGGAUGCCUUACUCUAGGAAAUGCUUGCAUGCCCAUUGCAAGUAUAGUUACUGAUAAAUUGUGCAUUGGCUCUGAGUUCCUGGAGUUCCAUCUGAGGAAAAAACCCCAAGUUUCUCGCUCCUCAAAGCAUAGUACAUAUUUCAGUGGGUUUUUUUUUUCACAUUUCUCAAAUUAUAUAUUUAGUUAAUGGAGUAUUUCAACCCUCUUCUUUCUAAAGAGCUCUAAAACCCCAGAUAGAGGAAAGAUGCUUUCUCAUUGCCCUUGAAGGACCUAUGGGUGGUAGUGAAGGCCUUAUAAGGGAAGAAACAUGGUUUUCCCCAUGGUGGGCGAGUGUUGGCAAGGGAAAAAUGAGAGGGAUGAAGAUUCUUUUAAGAAUGUAUAGCUAAAUGGCAUUGAUAAGAAAAAUCUCUGCAGGAACAAGCAGAGUAAAAAUUUUGGUUUGGGACAGAAUCAGAAGCGGGGAGAUUUAUGUUACAAUGUGCCAAAGAGCAGCAAUUGAACCAGUGAGUUGUAUUUUGGAAAUGGGAUCCUUUGUUGAGUAAAUUCUUAGCUUGGUCUAUUGUAGUAGAAACCAAGCCUUGGUGGUGGCUUCCUUUAAAAGAAAAAUACAAGUAUGAUCGUUCACUGAGAUGAGAAGUGUGUGCUCUCCCUUGGCAGUACCCCAGUUAGUUAGGUCUUGUUCCCCCUGGCUCUAUUUGCAAUGUUUUGAGUCAGUCUUCCUCAGGCAACUCUUCUUAAUAUAGUGGCUUACACAAACAGAACAAUCAUCCGUCACAGGUCUACCCUUUAAAAGUAUACCUCUUAUUUGCUCUGUGACGGACUUCUCCCCCCCCCCCCGCCCGCCCCAGGUUACAGAUAUAGGCUUUGCCUGUUUCUUAAACCUUCCUCUUGAGAAUUAAGAACUUAGUCUGUAUCUCUGCAUUUUAGAACUGAUGCAGCUGAGGGCGUUUGUAUUUUUAUCACUGUCUUUUUCCAUAAACUUCCACCUAAAUAGUGUGACCGUUCCUCUUGAAGAUGAAGAACCUCAUAUUCAAUUAUGCAGGCCUCUUAACAGCUUUUGUUUAGGUUAACCGUGGCAUCUCAUUUUUACAGAAGACGAGUCGAAAUUCCUUCCUUCAUGGAAUAGGUCACCCUUUAACUGUUGGUAGGAUAUGAUGCAGCCUCGGUUGGAAUACUUCUAAUCUAAGAGGAACAGAUUUUUGCAGGUCGCUCAGAAAGGGCUUCAUUUAGUUGCAUAAAUCUUGGGUGACUUGGUUUAGCCUCUGCCGUGUCAUCCAUCAUGAAUUUCCAUCCAGCUUUUUUUCAGAAUUGGAUAAGAUUCAGAUGCUGAGCCUCCUAAGGAUGGGAGCAUUAUUCAUGUGCUAAUUUCAGCCAUGUGUAUGAAAACCUUUAUAUAUCCAAGGAAUCAAUGUAGAAGGCACCAUUCGGGCCAUGACAGCCUGAACCACACACAUUUGGAUCUUCUCAUGCAACAGUAGUAAUGCUUAUAAAACAAAGCUGGUCUUUUUUUUAAAAAAAAACUUAGUGUCUGAAAGAUACUGCCAACUUUCUUCCCUCACCUUGGAGAGAUGAUAAUUCUUGACAACAGGGUGUCUAUGCCCUUUUUUGCCUACUAGAUAUCAUUGUAACGUGGGCUGCUGAUUUAGGAAACAGUAAAAACAUUUCAGUCCUGAAAUUCUGCACUAGGUACUGCCGUAUUUUUGUCCCUUCGUUUCCUAUCCCCCCUCCCCUUGAGUAACAUUGUGAUGUUAAAGCUAAUAAUGCUGCUUGCAGUAUUUUGCCCAAUUGGUUUAAGGUACUAUUAUCUACUGACCUCUCCCCUCCCCCAAUUCUUUUAAGAAAGGGAAGUCUUGGAGUCAGGUGGGAUGGCUGUUCAAAGGAGGGAUAGCUUGAGGCAGGAGGGGCCUUAAUUUCCGCCAGCAAGAGUUACUCUCUUCUCCUUUCACUGUUAAGAUGCUGGGGAAAGAAAGACUGCUUUAGGCUCCUUGAACUUAAGCAUAGCAUUUGUGGUGAUGGUGGGGCAAAGUAGCAUGGUUUGGGGGAAGGAGUUGGUUUUCCAACUCUCUAGUUCAGUGUUUCUCAACCUUGGCAAGUUUAAGAUACUUGGACUUCAACUCCCAGAAUUCCCCAGCCAGCAUGGCUGGCUGGGGAAUUCUGGGAGUCGAAGUUCAUGUAUCUUAAACUUGCCAAGGUUGAGAAACACUGCUCUAGUUAGACCACGCCCAUUUGGUUGUGUGCUCUCUGUUGGCUUUGUCUUUUUCCACGACGGUGGGUUAAAUUCCUGAUACUGUGAAAACAAGGAUAUAUGCAGCGUGAGACAGAGCUUGGGUGGAAAAGGCACAAAUUCUUUACAGCGGCAACCCUGCCUUUGUUCUCCAUGCUUUUCCCACCAUUUUAGCAAAUGGUCAGAAAUGCAGUAUUGAAACCUGUUUCCAGUAUUCAGUUCUCAAAACUUCCCUUGCCCUGCUUUCCCUUUCAUCUGUGAAAGAGAGGGCCAGCCACAGCUGUCCUUUGCUGGCAUGGCAUGAUGCUGGACCAACAGCUUCUUUCAUGCUUUAGGGCAAUUAGAUACUUCUUGAUCUCUUGCCCCGAAUUUUGAAGUGGGCAAGGUCUAAAGCCAGCUUAUCUCUAACUGUGUUGAAGGGGGCAUGUGUUGCUUACAUGCAGAUUUGCUUAUGAGAGCAGGAAGGGAGUACCUGGUUGGUUUCUGCCUCUGGAUGGAGAAGGACUGUUCCAUGUACAACACCCUUGGAGAGAUUUCUGGUCAAAAGGUGACAUCCUAAACCUGGGUGUUCCAAAAACAGUGGUCAUUAAUUGCAUCAGGUUACAUACCAGAUUAGCAUGUGGCUCUUCUGUUCUCUACGUUAGCAAUGAAAUGGGGAACAUUUUAUUUAGAGAUUGUUGGGCUAGGGGCCUUUCACACCACAUAGUCUUAUUUCCCAACAGAGAUAAAUACUGGGGAAUUGCACUUGGCUACCUGCCCAAUCCCACUUUCUGGGGGAAAAAAAUCAGUCAUUAAUUGAUCUUGAAUCUGUGAAAUACCUCUGUUGCUUUUUCCACCCAUUCUUCUCUAAUCUCAUCUGUUGUGCGCGCGGGUGUCUGUAUGUGUGCGUGUGUUUUUUUUCUAAUUCCAGGGACAAUCUUGAUCUUCAUCUUGAGCAACAAAAGCAGCAAAAUCAAUUUUAAAAUGGUGAGAAGCUAAGAAACAGCCCUCCAACACAUGGGAUUCCAGAGUAUCAGAGGCUGUGCGCACUGCCCCCUUACCUGUGAGGCUGCCUAGAAGCAGCCUUUUUUUAUUUUCAUUUUUAUCUUGCAUGAUAAAAAGCAAGGUGCAUGUACUAAGGAGGGGAGUCCGCAAUGGGUCUUCCAAACUUCAGGAACAAAGGUGCUUUCGCCUCCUUCAGGAGAACCUGGUCUGUUAUGGGGUGGCAGCCUGCUCACCUCUCCCCGAUUUAGCUAAUUUGCUGCUUCAUGGAGCACCUUGCCGGUUUUUCUCAUCCCAAACCAUCAUAAAUCCUGGGAACGUGGGGCAAGGACUGGGGUUCCUGGUUCUGAAGUGACGUUUGCCCAUUGCCUGGAGACUGCCUCCUUUCUUGCUCUCUUUUUAGCUAUGUUUAAAGAAGAAUGGUGACAAAUGUUAUUUAUUGGCGGAAAUUAUUUAAUAUAAUUUCUUUUUUGUGAAAAGGAAUGACUUUGUUAGAACUGUCUUAAUGUAAAUUGGAAAGUCAUCUUUAAGAAAAAAAAACUUAAAAAUUAAACGACA